UCCGCUGGUGUUGUAACAUUUCUGUGCAUUUCCGUGGCACGUCGUGACCACGACGACCACCACGCUUCGGUGGUGUCGGUCGGGCUGCCGCCGCCGCCGAGAGUCCACUUCGCAUUUUGAGCGACGCCCCCAAAUUCCGUGCCGAGUGUUUGCAGACCCUCCGGGACGGAGAGGUGGAGGAGGAAUCGGCAGCUCGGCCGUCUGUGUACGCUCCAACCAGCACAAACGCCAUUAGUUCAUGACUUCAUCGAAGCCUUUUUUGACAGCGGUGUUCGAACGAGCGUUUUAGAAGGACUCCACGGCUGCUGCAGAGAAUGGGAAUAGGGACACAGGCCAAGGCUUGCCAUUUUGGCUGAAGGAACAGGACAGUUGUCAAGCCCGCGCGCCGGCGUCAGUCCCUCUCUCCCUCACCUCAGCUCUCCUCUCCUCCCCCCCUCCGGCGCACACACAAGGACACAAACCGCCGCCCACAUUCACGGCUAUGUCCACAGCAGUAGACAUUGCUGGCCCUUCCUCGCCAGAUCAAGCCAACAGCAGCGCUAAAAUCCCCAACGAGCCUCUGAGACCCAGCCUCAAGCGCUCCAGCCACCCCUACGGCCUGUCCCAUUACAUCGCCAGCCCUUCCCAAGGCAUGGACGUCAAAGGCCUGAUGCAAGCCUCGCCGGCCCAGCAGCAGGCGGCCCCGCCCGGCCCCACCAAACCUCGCCGGGCCCCCUCCUGGCCCGAUAUGUGGGAAUCGCCCAGCGGGCUUCACCUGGCCCACGCCGCAGAGUUGCUGAUGCGCGCGGGGCUGCUGGCGCUGACCCCUACCGCCGCCGAACAGGCCGGCUCGGGCGGGCAGAGCAGCCAGCCCGCUAAAAGGGAGGCGACGGAGGUGAAGGGAGGCAAGGGGGACGGCGAGGGAGGAGCAUCCGGGCCCGAUGAGGAGGAAGAGGACUCGCCCGGGUGCAGGACAGACAUCCAGCCCUACCUGGGUGCCUGGUUCCCUUUCAGCCCCACUCUCUUGCCUCUCGCUGGCUUCCAGAUGGGGGGCGGCCACUGGAGGAGCACGGCGAUGGGGGCCGAGGGCAUAGAGGGCCUAGUGGCCGAGGGCCACUCUCCCGGUUCUCUGGGCGGAGGCAGCGGCAGCAGGAGGAAGAGGAAGCGCUGCGGAGAGUGCGUUCCGUGUCGGCGUCAGACGAACUGCGAACAGUGCAGCAGCUGCCGCAAUCGUAAGAGGGGACACCAGAUCUGUAAAUACAGGAAGUGCGAGGAGCUGAAGAGGAAGCCGGGAGGUCCCGGGUUUGAGGGCAGAGUGUCCGCGUUUGACCUCAGAGGCUCCGACUUUUCUUUGGGCCUGGCGCAGGAGAGAAGCGCCGGCGCCUUGGACGGAUAGUAAUGUUUGCUGCGUUUGUCACAGGAUCCUGCUUGGAUGAUUGUUGAAGAGCUGAAGUGUAAAAGACACACGCACGCGUGCACACAGGCACGCACGCACACAGACACACACGCACACACACGCACAUAGACACACACUGGACACCAUGUUGGUUCAAAGACGUGGACAUGAUGUUAAGUGCAGGGCUGCACCUCUGUUCAAGAAUGUUCUCACUCGUUCCCAUCCUUUCUUUUGACAAUCAGUGAAUUGGAGAGGAGGGGGAGAGAAGGUGUCACUGUAUCGACGUUGACAAAAAAGCUGUAAAUAGACUGUAAAUAUUGGGGGAAACAACAUUAUGUCUUUUUUACAUCCCUUUCCAGUUUGGAUGUAUUGUGUUGCAGCCGUUUAAAAGAAAGAAGAAGAGAAAAAAAGAGCCAAAUGUUUUGUUUCUAACGGGGGACUCUCGAUUCUGUUGUCACCGCAUCAUCAGUAAGCGAGUCGUCUAAAUUAUUUCAUGUGCAACUUGUACUGUAUAGAUCUGUUUGCCCUUUUGAAAUAAAAGAAAUUGGCCAUGCGCGCUUGUCUA